GAUUACUAUUCCACGAAUGUACACGAAUGUACAAGGUCAUGGAUUCGCAGUGGUACCCGAACCCUAUCCGAGUAAUCACACCAAAAAACAACCAGUCUGCCCCCGGAUCAUACCAUACGCACCGGGGGCCGACGAAUCGGAUUUGUUUUGAAGCGGAUUCGUGUCACAGCGGAUUUCGGGCACUUCGCGGGCCCCGUCAAAAGCCGUCGCGGAAGCCAAGAAAUAAACAUAUUGGCAGUUAAGAGGUUAAUCAAAGACUCUAACGCAAUGGAUUGUGGAUAUAAAUACGAGAUCAUGGACGACAUAACAAUUUCAUCUCAUCUCUUCACCAUCAAACAAGACUUAGACUACAAAACACUCGCAAUCCACAAGGAACUUCACAUCAACCAUGGCACUCGAGGAGAUCAAAGAGAGGUACGAGGCCGAGCGCCUCAAGCGUUUCCGCCCCGAAAUGGACAAACAAUACAUCGACACGCGGGCCGCUGAGUUCCCCAAGUCACUGGUACGCGAUCCCUGGAUCGACUACGACGCCAUCGCAGCCAGCGAGCCCCCCGUUGUGGACGGAGGAGAGGUCAAGGUGCUUAUCCUCGGCGCAGGCCACAACGGACUCCUCCAGGCCUACCGCAUAAUUGAGGCAGGGAUUUCGGUCUACGACAUGUGCAUCGUCGAGAUCGGGGGCGGCUUCGGCGGUACCUGGUACUGGAACCGCUACCCUGGCCUGAUGUGCGACGUGGAGGGCUACACGUAUAUGCCGCUCCUGGAGGAGUUUGGCUACAUGCCAAAGCACCGUUAUUCGUACGGGCAGGAGAUCCGGGGCCAGAGCGAGCGCAUCGCAAGGCGGACGGGACUGGACGAGAGGGCGCUGCUCGGCACGCGCGUCGACAGCCAAAUUUGGGACGAGAAGGCCGGGCGGUGGGUGGUUGCCAUGACGCAGGACCUGGGACCAAAGCACGGCAAGCGAACCUUUACGGUAAAGGCGCAGUACGUCGUUGCCGCUACUGGCGUUUUCCCCAUGCCCAAAAUCCCUCGCCUGCCUGGAUUGGGCGAAUGCAUGGCGGCGAACAAGCUUAAAAUCAUCCACACGUCGCGCUGGGACUACGAAUACACGGGCGGAUCUCAGGCCGUGCAGGACUUGGUAAACCUCAAAGACAAAACCGUCGCGGUGGUGGGCACCGGCGCUACGGCAAUUCAGGUGGUGCCGGCCGUGGCCAAAUGGGCCAAGCAUUUGUACGUCGUCCAGCGCACGCCGUCGUACGUGGGCCCGCGGGGACAGAAAGAGACGGAUCCCAAAACCUGGAAAAAGGAGGUUGCGUACAAAAAGGGCUGGCAACGGGAGCGCAUCAUCAAUUUCAACCAGCUACUAACCCGCGAGGAGCCGUACUUGGGCAAAAAUCUCGUCGAUGACGGUUGGACGCACACUCCCGCCGGAGCAGGCCUGCUCGGCAGCCGCGCCAAGGGAAUCAUAUCUCCCGACAAGAUCUCCGAGCAUAUUGAUGAAAUGCUGGCGGUAGAUGAUGCAAGGACCAAAUUUGUGCGUGACCACAUACAAAAGACGGUCAAGAACCCCGAGACGGCCGAGAAGCUCAAGCCGUGGUAUCCAUCGUGGUGCAAAAGGCCAGCCUUUCACGACGAUUAUCUCAUCGCCUUCAACCGCGACAACGUCACCUUGAUUGACACGGACGGCAAAGGCAUGGGAGGCUAUGCGGAUGACGGCAUUAUUGUCAACGGCGAAAAGCUCCAAGUCGACGUGCUUAUUUUGGCAACGGGCUUCACCUCCAGCUCGAACCUCGUCGCCGACGAGAGAAUGGGAACCGUCGUAAAGGGCGCCAAUGGUCGUGAUUUAGGAGAGUACUGGACCGCCAAAGAAUUCUUGACGCCGCACAUGGGCGUCGGCAUGCGCGAUUUCCCCAACAUGUUUGCGUUCGUUGCGAGCGGAUCCGGUUCGUCCUACAACCUGACAAGCUCGCUGGACACCACGUCCCGGCUCACUGCGCACAUCAUUACGACGGCGGAGAAGCAGGCCGGCAGCAGUGCCGCCGACAAGGUUGUGGUCCGAGCCACCAUCGAGGGGCAGGAGAAGCACAGCGCCGAGGUCAGGAAGCGGGCGGCGUGGUAUGCGGACCUGGGCAUUUGCACGCCGUCCUACUUUACCGGCGAAGGCGUCUCGCUGAUUCAGCCCGACACUCCCGAGGAGCGACUUGCAAAGGCCAACCACGCAGGUUGGGGAACCGGACCUGUGGAUUGGCUCGAAUAUGCCGAGAAGUGGAUGGCUGAGGGUAUUGAAGGGUUUGAGGUUACGCUUGCUGGCGGAUCAAACGGUUUGGCCAAGUGAAAAGUAUAGAUGAUCUAUUUGGAUAGGUUAGAUUAUGACAGAAGAAAUAAAGGCCCUA